AUGGCUGAAAUUGGGCAUUCUUCGGAGAAAGGCUCCAGCGGAGCGUUCCAUGACCAAGUCUCGCAGACUUCGUCCAUUUCGUCCUACUACGAUGACAGGUCCUUCUUCAAGAGAGCCAUCGACUCGUUCAAGCCCAUCAACCUCGAAGAAGAUGGCGUCGACACGCUGAACAUGACGGACUUGGAAAAGUCCAUUUAUGCCACGUCCCGCCAUCCGUUGGCCCGCCGUCUUAAGGCAAGACAUCUUCAGAUGAUCGCCAUUGGAGGUUCCAUCGGUACCGGUCUUUUUGUGGGAUCGGGCUACGCUUUGGCCACAGGUGGGCCAGCAGGCGUGUUGCUUUCGUACAUUUUGGUGGGUUAUUCUCUUUUUGCCGUGGUGAUGGCGUUGGGCGAGAUGUCGGUGCAGUUUCCUGUUUCCGGUUCGUUCAACGCCUUCUUUUCCAGGUUUGUCGAUCCAGCUUGGGGUUUCACCUUGGGUCUCAUGUACUCGGUGUCGUGGUUGAUCUCGUUUCCUUCCGAGUUGGUGGCGUGCUCUUUGACCAUCAGUUAUUGGAACGAUACGGUGAAUCCUGCCGUGUGGGUGGCUGUUUUCCUUGUGGGUAUCUCGUCCAUCAAUCUUUUCGGUGUGAAAGGAUACGGUGAAGUGGAGUUUGUGCUUUCCAUCAUCAAGGUUCUCGCCGUUAUCGGCUUCAUCAUCGCCGGUAUCUGUAUCAUCUGCGGUGUGGGCGACCAGGGCUAUAUUGGCUCUCGGUACUGGCACAAUCCUGGUUCUUUCAACCACGGCUUCAAAGGUGUGUGUUCUGCUUUUAUUUCAGCAGCAUUCUCGUUUGGAGGUGUGGAGCUUGUGGCAUUGGCAGCUUCCGAAACAGCCAACCCAAGAAAAGCCUUGCCCAGAGCCACCAAGCAGGUUUUCUGGAGAAUCACCCUUUUCUAUGUCACCACGGCCGUUGUCAUUGGCUGCCUUGUGCCUUAUACCGACGAAAGAUUGCUCAAUGGCUCUUCCAGCGAGGAUAUUGCUGCUUCUCCGUUUGUCAUUGCCAUCAACAACGGAGGUAUCAACGUAUUGCCAGAUAUCAUGAACGCUGUGAUUCUUGUUGCUGUGGUUUCGGUGGGUGCUUCCUCGGUUUAUGGAUGUUCUCGUUCUUUGGCCUCCCUUGCCGUCCAGGGCUUGCUUCCAAGAUGUAUCGGUUACAUUGACAGAUCAGGAAGACCUCUAGUGGCCAUUCUCAUCACCAACGCUUUUGGACUCUUGGGUUUCCUUGCAUCAUCUGAAAACCAGUCGGAAGUGUUCACCUGGCUUUUCUCUGUCUGCUCCUUGGCUGCCUUUUUCACCUGGAUCGCCAUUUGCUUCACCCAUUUGCGUUUCAGAUGGGCUUUGCAUGCCCAGGGUCGUAACACUGAUGAGGUCAUUUUUGUGUCUCCAUUGGGAAUCUGGGGUUCUCUUUUCGGUAUGAUCAUCUUGAUUUUGAUUGUGAUUGGCUUGAUUUGGACUGCCAUCUGGCCACUUGGCUCCUCUGCUGAUGUUGAAUCUUUCUUCAAAAGUUGUCUUUCCUUACCCUUGUUGAUUGUAUUGUGUGUGGGUUUCAAAGUAUACAAAGGAACUCUCAAUCAAUGGCUCAUUCCCUUAGAAGAAGUGGACCUUGACACUGGGAGAAGAGAAAUCAACGUGGAAGUUUUGAAACAGGAGAUCGCCGAAGAUAGAGCCCGCAUAGCAUCCAAGAGCUUCUGGUACCGGAUCUAUAGGUUUUGGUGUUAG